CGAUAUAUUAAUUAACUAAUAUGGCGCUGCGCGAGAAACGCCGUCUUUGCAAGUUUGUAUCAGAAUGGACGAGGCGUAGUGAAUUUUCGCCGUGGCUUGUGUCAGUGAACAACGAUAAACAUAAGGCGUGCUGUUUAUUGUGCAAGAAAAUAUUUCCAGUUAGUCAUGGUGGUCUGCACGAUGUGAAAACGCAUGCUAAAAGUAAAAGACAUAUUUGUCUAUUACAACAGCAAGAAAAUAGAGCAACAUCGUCAACGGGGCAGGUUUGGCCUACGCUAGGAGAUUUCCAUUACCCCAACCCUUCGAUUUCAAAACACGGCGAGAAUUUGGUUCAUGAAGAUAGCAGUAGGGAAGGUCUAUUAGACGGAGAAUCAUCCAAUUUACUUAGAGAAGCCACCAAGAAUUCGGAAAGCAGUGAUUCAGAAGACUUAGAGGCGGCCGAGAGUGUUGCAGACUCAAUGCAUCCCAUUGCCAUGGCAUCCCCGGGCAAGAUGGAAACCCCACAGCAGUACUGUCUGCGGUGGAAAUAUCAUCAUUCCAACCUGCAGGUCAUGUUCUCACAGUUGCUGGAGCGGGAGAGCUUCUGUGAUGUUACACUUGCGUGUGAGGGGAAAACACUCCGUGCACAUAAGAUGAUGUUGUCUGCAUGCAGCACCUAUUUUGACUCUAUAUUUUCCCAACAUGAAGAAAACAAUCCUAUUGUGAUCUUAAAAGACGUACGUUUCGCUGAUAUUAAAGCUUUGGUGGAGUUCAUGUAUAAAGGAGAGAUAAAUGUUGAAAAUUCUCACUUGUCAUCCCUUUUAAAGACGGCAGAAGAACUGAGGAUAAAGGGUCUAGCGGAAGUGUCAUGGCGAUCAGAGGGGGAGGGUAGCUGGCGCAGUGUAGAGGGAGGGAAGAACAUGGAGAGGGGAGGAGGGGGAGGAGGAGUAGGGGGAGGGGAACAGCAGUGGAGGGGAGGUGAACGCUGGGCAAGUGAUCACAACACUAGAGCUCCACAGUUUGUUGAUACUAAUGAAGAUGUAGACUCAGAUCCAGAACCACCCCCGCCCAAGAAAAUGAAGCCUCCACCUGCUCUUCUGCCCCACCACUCUCUACCACUUCCUGUCGCCGAACACUUCAGCCCCAAAGUGACCAGUGUCUCUGGGGCCGUUGGCUCCAAAGAAGAAUUCACUGAACAGAGAGAAAAUGUGCCAGAGCCUGAAGUAACAAUGUGGGAACCCGAGGCGGCAGCGGACGAUUAUGAAGACGAAAGUGAGACUCCACCAAAGACUCCCGUGAGCUCCGGCUAUAACACUCCAAUCUCAACAAUCCAGCAGCCACAACCCACCUCCAACCCUGACGAAGAUCGGCCUGUCAACCCCUUCAGUGAAUCUCACCUUGCACCGGCAGACAUGACUCAGUACCAAGAUGUUGUAAAAAUGAAUGACUAUUUGGCAAAUGGUGGACGUCGACCUCAGUUUUGGGACGAGAUUUUCACUAAGCGAGUAAUGGAAGGAAUAAAGAACAAAGAGCUGGAAAUGAAAGUGGCAGCUGAAAUAUUGGGGGUGUCAUAUGGCACUUUGUAUGGACGAUACCGUGAUGCAUAUGGUUGCCUUAAACAUCCUUACAGAGUGCGAGACUUCUGGUUGGAGCAAGGCCCUGCAGAGGUGUUGUCCAAGCUGCAACGCAAAGAGCUCACGCUGUUCCGAGCCGCAGAGAUGCUGAAUGUGACUGUGACCACUCUGGCCAAUUACCUGUCGACCCUACGACAAGGCGACGGUGCGUCAUCAGACGGCGAGGAGGAGGAAGAGUCAGAGAGCGACCGACUGGCCUCAGCACGACAAGCUCUCAGCAACAAUCCCGACAUAACAAUUGUUAAGCGGGAACGUGAUGCUCCCAGCUUAAACGGCAACAAAUGAGUAACAGCUCAGUCGAACACUAGCUGUAAUGAGAAGUUGUAUGGAGCUCUUCAGGCACAGUGUGGAGGUGAAGCUAUGACUCCGAACACAAAACAUUACCUUCCCAGCUCCUCAGGCCUAGAAGAUUACAGUUACUUGUGAUGGAAACAGGUGGAAAGUAAAUAAACUGUGUGCCUUUAAAUACAGAUUUCUACAAGACAUAUUUUCUGAGUCAAAUGGUUAUUUUUCUGAAACCAAACAAAAAUAAAGGAUUCCAAAUGAAGCCUUCCUUGAGAUGCCUUCCGGAUGCACCCAAACAGUCUAUUGCCUGCUACCAUUGCUCUGCUCUGCACACUUUUAUGAUGUCUCUGUAGUAAUAAAAUAGAACUCAGAAUUUCAGUAUCGUUUUCAAAAAUAAACUGGAUGCGAAUCUCUUUAACAUAACCUAAAUAUUGUCAAUGUUAUUCAGUAACAUGCUGGUGACCAGUCCUGAGUAAUUGACUAACAAAUUAGCACUUUACAUAAAAAAAAAGAAACAAUACACAACGUACCACAGGC